AUGGAGAGCUUGUCCCUCGAGGAGAAAAUCGCCUCCUUCAAGAAAAAGAUCGACGACCUCGACCAAUCCGCGGCCCCGCCGCCGGCCGUAGGCGAUAAGGAUCAAUCCGAGGCGACGUCCCUGUAUGAGGCUCCCGAGCUAGGCAACGGGAAGAUAGCCGCGAUGAAGCAGAGGCUAGUCCGCAAGGGUUUGUCCGUCUCGGGAGGCGGGGACGCCGCGGACGGCGGCGAGUCAUCGCCGGCAGUGGUACCCAACGGGGGCGGCGGCGGUGAUGGCACGGAGUCAGACGAGGACGGCGGGGGUGGCUGCGGCAGCGGGCCGACCGAAGCAGACAAGGCCGCCAAGCUUGCCGCCGAGUUUGAAAAGGGUAAAAUAGCCGCGAUGAAGAAUCGUCUGGUCGCCAAGGGGCUCGGUAUCGAUGAUAACGCUUCCGAGGCGCCGGCGGCGGAGCCCGCUGCUGCUGCGAGGGCGGCACAUGCCGCGGCGAAGGCAACGGCCGCCGCCGCGUACGCCGCCACUUUGACGGCGUCGUCGCCGUCGCCGCCGCCGCCGCCUCCCGCGGAAGCUGAUGAUGUCCUUGUGAAAACAGAAGGUGCCGGAAACGAUACGCCCGCAACGGAAGAAUCGAAAACGCCCGACGCCUUCGACGGCGGUGCUGAGGAGGAAGAAGGUGCCGAAGAGGAAGAAGGUGCCGAAGAGGAAGAAGGUGCCGAAGAGGAAGAAGGUGCUGGAGAGGAAAAAGAUGCUGAAGGGGAAGAGGAAGAAGAGGAGGAUACCUUGGCAGCUGCUGGGCCUCCAUCUGCCCCUGCCACCGCCAACAGCGGAGCGAAUGUGGUGGCCGAAACGGCCGGGGUUGCAGGCGUUCCAGACUCAGCGGAGUCAACUGAAGAACCCGGUCCUGAGCCAGUUGUCGUCGCCGAUGCCGGCGGCGUGUCUGCCCCCGACGAACAUGAAAACUCCGGCGUCGUCGCGCCGUUCUCGGCGGUGGGCAUCGCGCCCGAGGCCGGUGCCACCGCUGUCGAGGAGGACGAGCCUGCCCCCAUGCCUAUUGCCGUCGUGACCGCUCCGGGAGACGAGCCUGCUCCCGUCGUCGUCGUACCGUUCUCGGCGGUGGGUGUCGCGCCCGAGGCCGGUGCCACCGCUGUCGAAGACGAGCCGUCCCCCGUGCCUAUGGUUGCCGUGAUCGCUCCGGGAGACGAGCCUGCCCCCGUGCCUAUUGCCGACGUGACCGCCCCGGGAGAUGAAGAAAAAGGCCGUGGUACCGCCGCUGCGAACGAGGACGAGAAGCCCUCCUCGCUGACAGUAUCACCAAGCGAGGGAGGAGAUAAGAAGGAGGAGAGCAGCCCGCCUACGCCCCCCUCCUCCCCAACCGCCAUCCCUCCGGCUUCAGACUCACAGCAGCAGCAGGAGGUGUUGCCCCCUCCUCCGCCAGCAGCACCAGCACCAGCACCAGCAGCGGCAACACCCGCAGAUGAUGGGCAAGUGACGGCGCGCACCACAGCGCCGGGCCCCUCCCCCAAGAUCGAAGGCUUCAACGUGGCGGCGAGCAAGGCGAAGGCCGCUCUGGCCGCGGCAAAGUCGCGCUCGCGAAGCAGCAGCAGCACCCAGCAAGCUCCUGCUCCCGCCGCCGCCGUUGCCUUGCCCGCCGGAGACGCACCGAAGCAGCGGCAACGGCAGCGGCAGCGGCAGCCCGGCAAGCGCGCGUCAACCCCGGGCCGGCAGAAGCGUGCCGGCUCUGUGGGCAGGAGCGCCUCCCCCAUGCGCAAGCCGUCGCCGUCCGUUCCCGCACGACCGCGCGGGCAACCGGCGGCGUCGCAGCAGCAGCCACGCAGCGUCACGUCUACCCCGGUGAGGGUAUCGCCCGCUGCCGGAGAAGUUUCCCGGGCGAAUCCCACCGUCGCCGUUACUCCGGGGCUCCACGCCGCCACCCCGUCGCCGCCGCCGCCACCGCGUGCGCCUGCGCCGGCCGUGGUGGAAACCUCGCCGCGGCCCCGUCGCCCGACAUCGUCUCCUGCCAGGCGAGAACGGGGGGCGUCUCCGCGCAGGAGGACGGUGGGAGGAGGAGCGGGAGCAGCCUCGCCCCCAUUCGUCAUGUCGUCGCCGCUGCUCUUCACCCCGACGCGCGGGGUCGCCGUGACGCUGAGCCCGGCGUCGGCGGAGGCCUCGGGGAACCGGCUCCACGAGCAGGCCCGCGAGGCCCGGGAGAGGCUGGAGCGCCGCAGGAAGGAGGUGCCGGUGGUGACGCCGCUGGCCCCAAUGCCGGGGUUCACGUCCUUCUCGCCUCGCCGGUGGUCGGCCCCGCGGGGGCCGGCUGGCGGUGCCGGCGCCGCCCCGGUCGUCUCCGGGCUGGACCGGCUCGAAGGCCUGUACCGCGACGCAAUCGAGCGCAACUCGAGGCUCGAGCUGGCCCGGCGCGCGGAGGAAGAGAAGCCCCGGGAGUGCACGUUCACGCCCGAGAUCAGCAAGAGGGGGCGCAGCCUGGUUAGGGGGUACAGCGGCGACGGUGGCGGCGGUGGCGGCGGCGCGGCCGGCGGCGGCGAGGCGGGCGAAGGCGGAGACGGGGAGAAAGGCAGCUGCGGCGGCGGUGGCGGAGGCGGGAGCUUGUUCGACACGUUCGACGCGUUGUACCAGGACGCGAAGCGCAGGCAGGCGAAGAUGGAAGCGCUGAAAGCUCAUGAGGAGGUAGGCACGCGGACCUCGCCGGUGAUCACCGCCAUGGGCCGGCAGGCCACGGGCGUGCCGGUCGACGUGCGGAUGAAGGAGGACGCGGAGCGCUGGGUGCGCAGGUUUCAGGAGCUGGAGGAGAAGAAGGCCGAGAAGGAGAAAGAAGGGUGCACGUUCAUGCCCAACUUUUCCAUCGGGCGCAGCUCCUCCGCCCCGCGCAUGCGGCCGCGACGCAGCAACAGCGGUGGCGGUGGCGGCCGCGGCGGCGGCGGAAUCGAGGCGUUCGUCGCGAGGUCGGCCAUCUUCCUAGAGACGAGAGAGCGGAACAUGGAGAAGCUCAAGCAGGAGGCCGAGGAGAGGGAGCGGGCCCUUGCGACCUUCAAGCCCAGCAUCCUCCCCUGGGGGGGCGGGUCGGCGGCGGACGACGCCUCCUCCGCCGCCGACGUGUUCGAGCGUCUCCUUCGUGCCGCUGAGAACCAGGAGAUGAACAAGGCGGCUCUGAAGGAGGAGUUCCUGAAGAAGGAGCGCGAGCAGAAUAACGACUUCGAGCCGCGCCUUCCCACGCGACAGAAAGACGCACCUUUGGAGCCCCUGGACGCUCGCAUCAGGAAGAGCACGGAGGAGUGGGUGAAGAACAAGGCGCUGCGAGAGCAGCGGCGGCUCGAGCUUGAAGCCGAGCAUUGCACCUUCCGACCGUCUCUAGGCGGCGGCGGCAUCGGCGCCUCCGGUACCGGCGACGGCAGCGGCGACGGCGGCGGCGGCGGCGGCGGCGGGGGCGGGGGCGGUGGGAGACGCAGUUCGUCGGUAGGCCCCAGGCCUCGCGCUCGGUCCUCGACGCGGCAGCGAGCGUCCCGCAGGGCUUCCGGUGGCGUGGGGCCGGCCGCGGCGACCGCGUUUGCCGCCCGCGAGGCGGCCUUCCAGGACGCGAAGAAGCAGCGGUUGGAGGCUCUGCGGAAGGAGAAGGAACAGCUCGAGGUCCAAGAGGCCACGUUUCAGCCGGUCAUCGGCGCCGAGGCCCGUCGGGCUAGCGGCCGCGGCGGCAGCUCGGUGGGCGGAAGCUCGAGAGGCACCGAUGCGGUGGCGGGAAGCGUCACCGGCGCGUCGGAGACGAAGAUUACCACCCCGGUUACCGUCGAGAGGCCGAGCUCUGUCGAGCUCAAGGAGGGGGCGAAAGAUGAUGGAGUGGACAUGAUAGCCACGGCGGCGGCGGUAGCGGAAGCAUCGGCAGGACGAGGAGGUGGCGCUGUCGACGACCACCCGGGCAAAUCGGGGGUGGACCAAGGCGUUGAUGUAGGCGAGCUGUCCUCCCGUCUGCAGCAACUCGCGACAGCCUCAUCUUUCAACGGCGACGACGACGAAGCUGACGCCGGCAACGACAGCGACGCGCCGCAGGCUGCCGCUGACGCCUCCGCCGUUUCCAACGUUGCGCUGCAGCUCGAGGAGGAGGAGGAGGAGGAGGAGGAGGCCAACGAAGCGGGAGUCACGGAGACGGGAGGGGAACCUGCCGAAGCGGACGCGGAACCCGAACCAGAACCCGACGAGCUCGACCUGGGAACGGAAGAGGAGGAGCCCUGCGGAGCGCCCACGCAAGCGGUGCCCAAGGCCGAAGGCGACAUCGUCGUCGUGAUGCCGGUCAACUCCGAGGGAACAGGCGAGGAAGCAGCUGAGGAGAAGAAGGGCAACGUCGAACCCGCUGACACAGGAGCCAAGAAGAAGUUCGUGGCCAUACUCUCCUCAGGUGCGGACGAUUCCGCGGCCGAGGAAGGUUUCGAUGAUGAUUGUUUGGAUGAUAUUAAGCGGGUCGCGGGAUCUGGGGGGGGCAAGGGCACUGAGGGGGGACAAGCCGAGCCGGUGAGCGCGAAGGUGUCUGCGGCAUCCCCUGUGCGAUACACCUCGACCGAGGGCGAUGCUGGCAAGCCGCCUGCGGUUGGCGCUCCGGCACCGGCAGCGGCGGCAGCGGGCAGCCCUAUAGAAGCCGAGGAAGAGGAAGAGGAGGAACAAGAGCAGGAGCAAGAGCAGGAGCAAGAGCAGGAGCAGGAGCAAGAGCAGGAGGAGGAGGGGGAGGUGGAGGAGCAGGAGCAGGAGCAGGAGCAGGAAGAAGAGCUCAGCAUGGAAGGAGAAGAGGGCGACGACGCUACGUCGGAGGAUGCAAGCGAAGACCACGAUGACGACCACGACGAUGACGACGACGACGAGGACAGAUACGGCUACACGAACGGGGCGUCGUACGGCAGCCCCGAGGCGAGCAGCCAGACGAGCCGCUCGCUGGAAGACUUCGACAGGGCCCAGCGCGAGAUCGCAGAAAAAAUGAAGAACCUCGGGCUGUAGAAGGGAGCGUCACUGAUAGAUUUUUGAGCAGAAGGAGAGGCAGAGGGAGGAUGCUGCUGCCGUGUGUUGGGUUUUGGGAUAGUAUGGUUGGGUGCAGUUUUGGCAGGUUUUAGUAUCCGGUUGGUCUCUUUUUUGAGUAGGAGGGGGGAAAGUUUUGUUUUUUCCUCCCGAUCUUUAUCUUCGUGCUACCCACUGCUGUGCCAAGGUUCCUUGUUUGGGUGGGUAGGUGGUCAAGGGGGUGACGUGGUGGUGGUGGUGCGGGGGGGGAUAGGGACGUCCCCCGAGUGGGGAGCAUUCGAUUCAGAAUGGGGGCGCCGUGUUUCAUUCGGACUGGGGUGCACGUACCGAUCAGAAUGAGGGGAAUGAAUGGAUCCCGUGUAUUGUGCUGUGGGGACGUGUUCGAACCGCGGGCGUCGUCAGCGUCUGUUACGUGGCAGGAAUUUCACUAUCAAUAUCGAGCUCUGGAUGUAAUAUUUUGAUGUUCGGCUGGCAAGCGAUACGACGCUUGGCCCAAGGCGCUACUAGCAGCGGUUUUUUCUCUAGCCGUUGGUUGCGUUGCUGCUGCUGACGCCGCUGCCGCCUCAGCCGCAGCAGUGAGAGUCGCUGGAUCUAUUUGAACGGCAUCGGAUGUUUGUUAUGCCCACCUUUGGACCGAUUUGCCUCUGUUUCUAGAAACCCGAGCUACGACACUUGGUGGGUGUUUGCGUACGGGAAUACAUUACAUUGUCCACGUCUGUGUUUGUCUUGGGCCUUCGGUAGGUAAGGAAAGGGUGUGUUGGCCGGACGGCUGGUAGGUUAGGGUGGGGGUCGCGACUUGGUCCCGGUGUUCACUUUUAGUGAUUCUCUGUGUUUUUAUCGUUGAACGUUCUUUCUCGGCUGGCGUGGCUGUGGGUGCGCGUGUCGUUUUUUUUCCAGCCUCUGCAGGGGCCUUUCGCUGUUGCAAGCAGGUUGGUUUUGCUCAUAAAGGGUAUGCUUCUUAUGUUUCGGAGGCUGAGCAGAGACCUGAACGAGAGGGGGGAGGGGGGGAGAGAGAAACAGACUAGGGAGGGAAGGAAAAGAGAAAUCAGAGACUGACUGCUUCCCACCCUUGUCUUGGUCGAUACUUUCUUUCCUGACUAGUAGCAUGACGGAAGCGCUGUGGGCUGUCAGAAAACAUGAACCAACUUAUUCGGCACAAGCCCCAACAGCGUUAUUGCCUUGUUUGGUGGGGUGUCGUUAUCGAUACGGCGAGGGAGAGCGUGUCUGUCCGGCUACGAAAUGAUGCUACCCACCGGAAGCGGUGGCUUGU